AUGGGAAAACUCCGUCCACUUAGCAAUGAUACAUUAGCAGCAAUUCUCCCUCUAAAAUCAAACGAUGCUGAUAAAAUUUUGGAGAAAGGCUCUCUGCAGGUGGGUCUAGUCAAAUGUAGGGUGGAAACGAGAUUAAAUAUCAGAAGAUGCCAGAAAUCUUGGUUGUACGAGCACUACUCUGACACAUGUAAUGGCCCAGACCGAUCGAAUAACUGUUUUAAAUGUGGACAGAGCGAUAACAGCUCGAAAGAAUCAAUUGCAAAGAGCCUUGGCUACGAUGUUUCAAUAAAUUUCGUAACUUCAUCCACCGUUUACCGAGCUCGGGUGGUCAAUAGAGGAAAAAUGGCAAGGAAAAUCGAGGAGACGCUUUUUGAAAAUUCUCCUCCUUUGGUCUUGCAUUGGGAUGGUAAAUUGUUGCUCUCAGUUACCCAUGGGAAUGUUAAAACUUUAGAAGAUAGAGUUGUAGUUCUAGUGACUGACAAAGAUUUUAAGCAUUUGCUUGGAGUACCUGUUGCCCAGAAAGGCACCGUUGAGCAGAAGGCUAAAGAGACAAUAUCAUAG